CGCCGCCGCUGCUCCUGCUGCCGGGGCGCGCCGCGUCCCCCGUUGGAAGCCAAGCCAGGCCAGGCCAGGCCAGCCGUCCCUCCUCCGCCCGCUCGCCCGCAGCCAUGUCCUCCGGCCAAGCCUACAACGAGGAGAAGGGCGGCUCGUCCAGCCUGGGGGAGCCGGAGUACGGGCACGAUCCGGCCAGCGGCGGGAUCUUCUCGUCGGAUUACAAAAGACAUGAUGAUCUCAAAGAGAUGCUGGACAGCAACAAGGAUUCCUUAAAACUGGAAGCGAUGAAGAGGAUUGUGGCGGUGAAGAAGCUGGUUUACGUCUACCUUGUCCGAUAUGCAGAAGAACAGCAAGAUUUGGCCUUAUUAUCGAUCUCAACUUUCCAGCGAGGACUCAAGGAUCCCAAUCAGCUGAUUCGAGCCAGCGCCCUACGGGUCCUCUCCAGCAUCCGUGUCCCCAUCAUUGUCCCCAUCAUGAUGUUGGCCAUCAAGGAGGCAGCCUCGGACAUGUCUCCGUAUGUGCGCAAAACCGCAGCUCACGCCAUUCCUAAGCUGUACAGAGGCAAAGGCAUCAGGACUAGAAACCAGGAGAUGUUGGUGGCUGGCAGCGUGGUGAUGGCAUUCGAGGAAGUCUGCCCUGAGCGCAUCGACCUGAUUCACAAGAAUUACCGCAAGUUGUGCAACCUGCUGAUCGACGUGGAGGAAUGGGGCCAGGUGGUCAUCAUUAACAUGCUGACCCGCUAUGCCCGCACCCAGUUCCUCAGCCCCAACCUGAACCGAGGUUCAAUAUGUAGUGCUUCAGAACGUGGCCACCAUGUCCAUCAAGCGUAGGGGAAUGUUUGAGCCCUACCUCAAAAGCUUCUACAUCCGAUCAACUGAUCCCACCCAGAUUAAGAUCCUCAAGCUGGAAGUUUUGACCAACCUGGCUAAUGAAACCAACAUUUCUACCAUUUUGCGGGAAUUUCAGACUUACAUCCGCAGCAUGGAUAAAGACUUUGUGGCAGCCACAAUUCAGGCCAUUGGCCGUUGCGCCACUAACAUCGGCCGAGUCCGGGAUACCUGUCUCAACGGACUUGUUCAGCUGCUCUCCAACCGAGAUGAACUGGUGGUGGCCGAGUCGGUGGUUGUCAUUAAGAAGCUUCUACAGAUGCAGCCAUCUCAACACAGUGAGAUCAUCAAGCAUAUGGCCAAGCUGACCGAUAACAUCCAGGUUCCCAUGGCCCGGGCCAGUAUCUUAUGGCUGAUUGGUGAAUACUGUGAGCAUGUGCCCAAGAUUGCCCCAGAUGUUCUGCGCAAAAUGGCCAAGUCCUUCACCAGCGAGGAGGACAUUGUGAAGCUGCAGGUCAUCAAUCUUGCAGCCAAACUUUAUCUGACCAACUCUAAGCAGAGUAAGCUGCUGACCCAGUACGUGCUGAAUUUGGCCAAGUACGACCAGAACUAUGACAUUCGGGAUCGUGCCCGUUUUAUCCGCCAGCUCAUCGUACCCACGGAGAAGAGCGGUGCCCUCAGCAAGUAUGCCAAGAAGCUUUUCCUGGCACAAAAGCCUGCUCCCAUUUUGGAGUCCUCUUUCAAAGAUCGUGACCACUUCCAGCUGGGCUCUCUUUCACACCUCCUCAAUGCCAAAGCGGUGGGCUACCAGGAGCUUCCUGAUUGGCCAAGUGAAGCUCCGGAUCCUUCUGUGCGCAACGUGGAGGAAGACUCCAUUGAUCCUAGAGGAAGCUACAUUGGGCUACUGGGUGGACCCAAAGAGGUCCCGGAAUGGACCAAGUGCACCAGCCGCGAGAAGAGGAAGGAGAAGGUGGAGAAACCCUUCUAUUCGGAUUCAGAGGGAGAAUCGGGAGCCACGGAAUCUGCUGACAGUGAUCUGCACAGCGAAAGGAAGCUGAAAUUGGAUUGGAACCAAGCCGUGGUUCCACUUAGUGACUGCUUCACUUAG